CCACCUCUGCUCACAGAUGAAAAUCCACUAUGGAUUAAGUGUUGGGACCUUCAGAUUGAACACUUGACAUUUGGGGUUGAUCUGUUCUCGGAGUCAAUUUAGAGGAAUAUUCCUUAAAAAACUGGAUUUGACGGAGCGGUGCCUGCUGGAAUCCUUCCUGCAGUCCAGGGACCAUCCGAAAGGGUGAGUAAUAUGAGGAAGCCUUUGAAUGUGCUUGAUCCUGGGAUAAGACUACGGGACCUUCAGGGUGUUUAGACCAGGGAGCAGCAUGCAAAUCAACCGGUGAACCGCUGCUGCCCACUGAACCCCUGACUUGAAGCUGCCAGCACCACCAGCUCAACUUCUGGGGCAGGAAUUCCAGACACUCCAGCUCUGUCUGCCAGCCUGCACCUAAACACCAUGGAUUUCAUGCUACCCAUAAGAAGUCAAGAAAUGAUAGCUUUCUCCUGCUCUGAUCCUUUCCUGGAUCCCGACGGCAUCAACACCCGAAUCCAGCACCAGGUCGUAAAGAGAAAGCUCCGGCCUGGACGGAUUCUCGGCUUCAUCAUCAGCCUGGUGGCUGUCUGCACAGUUUGUUCACUGAGUGCCUUGUCGUUGGCCACUGUAGUGGCCACUGACCUCAAAUCAGUUGCAGAGACCUCAGAAGAUGCAGCAGUGCCCCAAAGAACUCUCCUACAGCACCAGAACCUCUCAGCAGCCACAGAGGACACACCGGUGGCCAUGAAGUCAUCAGAUUUGGAGAUGAAUCAAGGAGACUACCCAACAGACUACUUCAGCGUGGAGGACAGGCGCCAGGGCUAUGUGCUUCUUCAUAUGUUUGGAAUGUUAUAUAUGUUCAUAGCCUUAGCCAUCGUUUGCGAUGAGUUUUUCGUCCCUGCACUCACUGUCAUAACAGAGAAGCUGGAGAUCUCGGAUGACGUAGCUGGGGCCACCUUCAUGGCGGCAGGUGGUUCAGCCCCAGAGCUCUUCACUUCUGUCAUAGGGGUGUUCGUGUCUCACAGCAAUGUGGGCAUAGGUACCAUUGUGGGAUCUGCAGUCUUCAACAUCUUGUUUGUGAUUGGGAUGUGCGCCCUGUUUUCCAAAGAGGUGCUGAACCUCACCUGGUGGCCUCUGUUUAGAGACGUCUCUUUUUAUAUCAUCGGGUUGCUCUUGCUCAUCUAUUUUUUCCUGGAUAAUCAAAUCACCGUUUCGGAAAGUAUCAGUCUGUUAUUGUGCUACACUUGCUACGUGACAUUUAUGAAGUACAAUGCUGAGGUGGAAAAUUUCAUCAAAACCAGGCUGAGCAGAAACCAGGUGGACGAGCUGGAAACUGCUCCAAAGGUAAACGCACCAGGAGACGAUGAGAACAAGUUGACAGCCAAACCCCGGCUGCAGAGGGAAGGCAGCUGUGCAUCGCUGCACAACUCCCUGAUGAGAAACAGCAUCUUCCAGCUCAUGAUUCACACACUGGACCCCCUCAGUAAUGAAGAAGCAUCUGUGUCCUCCCCUGCAGGACAGUUUAAAGAGAAGGCAUCCAUCCUCCACAAAAUGGCCAAAAAGAAGUGCAAAGAAGAUGCUGCCACUGCCAAUGGUGUAGUUGAUAAAGCCUCCCAAAAAAGUUCAAAGGUUGCUGUGGAGGUGACGCCCCCCAUGAAUGGAGUGGCAGUAGGAGACCUGGAGGGGGAGGAAGAGGAAGAUGAAGACCAGCCUCUGAGCUUGGCCUGGCCUGAUACCCUCAGAAAACAGAUCACCUAUCUCUUAAUCCUUCCCAUCAUCCUUCCCCUUUGGCUCACAUUGCCAGAUGUCAGGAGAGAGACAUCUCAGAGGUUCUUUCCAAUCACUUUCAUUGGCUCCAUCUGCUGGAUUGCUUUCUUCUCAUACCUGAUGGUGUGGUGGGCUCACCAGGUUGGAGAAACUUUCUGGAUCACAGAGGAAAUCAUGGGUUUGACCAUUUUAGCAGCAGGCACAUCCAUCCCUGACCUGAUCACAAGUGUGAUUGUGGCAAGAAAAGGCCUGGGUGACAUGGCAGUGUCCAGCUCCGUGGGCUCAAACAUCUUCGAUAUCACUGUUGGCCUGCCUUUCCCAUGGCUCCUCUACAACAUCAUCAACGACUUCAAGCCUGUGGAAGUGAGCAGCAACGGCCUGUUCUGUGCCAUCGUCCUCCUUUUCCUUAUGCUCCUCUUUGUCAUCAUUUCCAUCGCGGCUUGCAAGUGGAGGAUGAGCAAGAUCCUGGGCUUCCUAAUGUUCCUGCUCUACUUCGUCUUCCUGGUGGUCAGCGUCAUGCUGGAGGACAGAGUUAUCGUGUGCCCAAUCACCAUCUAAAUGAGGAACUCCUGCUGAUGAACUGAAAGCUGAAAUUUGCUCUUUAACAGUGCAAUAACAUACGACCAGUUGUAUGUUAUUACAACAUGCUCAUCAUAAAUAACUUUACUGCAUACACACAAACACUAUAUAUAUAUAUAUAUAUAUAUAUAUAUAUAUAUAUACAUAUAUAUGUACACAUGUACACACUUACAAGCUGAUGUGGUUCAAACAGAAGUUUUCUUUUAAAUGAAUGCUGCUGGUUCAAGCUGUUGCAUCAUAGCAGUUUCACAAAGCCAUGUAGGCCUAUUGUUUAGGCCUCCCAAUGAGGAGACACUUUGCACUGUGUGAAACAUCCAGUCAGGACUGUCUGAGACCUGCUGAAACAAUAAAUGGAGAGACAAUGGAAACUGGAUGAUGGGGAAAAACUUUUCUUUCAGAAUGAAUGACAAAAACUGCAACAGUGAAAAAAGAAACUCUACCAGUCAGUGAAGUCAUUACGAAUAUAAAUGAUAUGGACACUCGAAGAGACAUGUUAUCGUUUCAAUGCCAGAGGAGCUUUGGCUUUGAGAUCAAGGAAAGUGUCAUAGAACAAAAAAAAAAAAAAAAAAAAAAAAAAGAAUGGCCAAGGGAACUUAUUUUUGAUAGCUGCUUUUUUAGACUUUGAGAUGUAAAGAGUAUACAAAACUUCAGAUUUUGGUUUGCAAUAUGAUAGACUAAUACAGUUGAUUGUCAAUGAUUUGACGUUGGUUUCAGAUAACGCUUCAUGUUCACCCCAUUCAUGAUUUACUAUGCAUUAAAUAUUGAAUAGCUUAACACACCUUGGUUUUCUUUACAUCUGCUUCUGAGUGCUAAAAAUGGUUGGAACAUAGCUCUCCAUUCUGGCUGCCUUUAAGUGCACCACUGUAGAAAGGGAAACACGUCAAUAUCCUGGUUUUACUGAAAAUACUUGAUGGCAGAGAUGUUUGUUCAUUUGUUGUUGUUUUUGUAUGUGCUGACCCCCACAGAUGCUAUUUAAAUCGGGGGUGGGUUGGCCACCGCAAGUCUUGUCAGUGGGGAGUGGGUGCGCCCCCGUGAAGCUACAGUCCAAGCAGCUGGUUGGAUACUGGUUGUUCACUACUGGAGGGUAAAAAUAUAUUGUAUUUUUUAUCUUAGCUGAUUGAAGGGGUCUCUUUUUUUAAGGAAUCUGGAUUAUAUUUCAUCAUAUUAUUCUUCACUUAAUAGAGUUCCUCAGAAACAUAGUUUAACAUUUAUGAAACAUUUAAUCUAUAUCUAAAACCUCAGAAAUGUCAUUUUCUUUGUUUUUUGGCUUCAUAACCGGUCAAACCUGGACUGAAAUAUUUUUCUAUGAUUAAAUAUUCUUUAUAUCACAGUUUUAAAUUGUGAGAUCUGUAAAACAUUGUGAAAAAACUGUUCUUCGGGUGCAGAAGGAGGUGCUCGCCUACGGUGCCCUUCUUCCAAGAACUGCCCCUGAGUGAGGGACCAAAGAUUAGCCCCAUUUUUUGUGUCAUUCUUGUUUAAUUGUUUAAAUUUUCUUUUUUUUUAUUAAGGAUUCAUAAAAAAAAUUGAAGAGUUUCAUAUGAGCGAGUAAUUCGGAUUUUUUGUUGCUAAUUACUUAUGUUAAACAGAAUAUACGUACUGUAAUUUAUCUCCGGUGUUGUUCACUAUGACUUCAUUGCCAUCUGAAAGAGGAGGUUGUUUUCUUUUGUGCACGUUAAGUCAGAAAUAUCCCUACAGUCAGUCUGUGACCCAGCUCUGAUUCUGGGACUAGAGUUUAAUGCGGUGAAACAAUGUGUGCACGUAGAAAAUCUCUGUCUUUUUCAUCUUUUUCUUUUUAAAUGUAUACAGACUUUCAAAAGAGACUUAAUAACAGCAACAAUUGCAAAUACUUUAAGCAUGUACUGAUGUUAAUAAAAAAUAUGUUGAUGUUCUACAAUAAAAUAAUCCCUCUCUUUAA